UCUUUACAAUCUUCAUCUGCCACUCAUAGGCGACAUGAAGAUAAAGGAGUCACCAUGGACAAAGACGUUACCGCAAGUUCAAGUACCAUUGAUUUCUUUAACAUUUUGAAUGCUGCUGAUCAAAUAUCUGUUGCUUCCUCAAAGGAGACUGUAAUAACAAAAGAUUCUUCGAACAAAUUUGAUAAUGACAAACUAAAUAAUAAAGACAAUGCCCCUAAAAUACCAAUAAAGAAAGAAAAAGUAGCAGAGAGUAAAAUUCCGAGACAACAUCGUGUUAAAGUACGUAGUCCUAAAAGGAGUAUAGCAAUAUUAGAUACAAAUAAACCUGAAGUCAAGGAUAAAUUACCUGAAACUAAUGUUACACAACGAUCAAUAGCACUAGACGCAAUUAAUUGGACUAAAGAGUUACAAGAAAAUACUGUUCCUGAAGUUGUCACUAACGUAGUUGAAGUAACUGAUGAAAUAAGAGAUAGUGAACAUUCUUUAGAUGAUAUGUGUCGUAUUUGUCAUGGUGGAGAGGCUUUGUCUGCUGAACUAGGGCAAUUGAUUUCUGCAUGUUCUUGUCGCGGAACAGUUGCUAGAGUUCAUGUCAAAUGUUUGGAGCGGUGGUUGACAGAAUCAGGAAAAUCCAGGUGUGAAUUGUGUGGAACAAGAUAUGUCACAAGGCGUGUGCAUAGAUACGGCGUUCCGAGAGCUCUUGUGAUGUGGGUUUUGAGCCAGAAUGCAAAACAGCUAAUGGUGGACAGUCUAGGCAUCAUGUUGAUGUCGCCGCUUGCCGUAUUAGCAGCUUGGCUGUCUGGUAGGACCUUAGCUGGCUUGAUGACUCAAGAAAGCCAUGUGACUCCGUGGCCGUUGGCAUCAACAUUCGUUUUGGCGUGCAUGACUCUAGUGUGCUACUACUGCUGGAUAGUUUCUGCUGCGACGAGGCACGCCCUCAGCUGGUGGAUAUGGUACCGGUCACAGUACGAGGUCAGACUGCAGCUCCAAGAAUCUGACGAGUGACUGGUCACAAGUUAUACAACCACAAAUUAAUGUAAUAGUCAAAUGAAUGUAUGAUAAUAACGGAUUGAAACACACACUCGUGUAUCUAGUCACGCUACAUUUUAACUAAUAGCAUUGAGUUUCGAUCUCAGUACGAGGUUAAGCUGCAGCUCUGA